AUGUCAUCAAAACACAAAUACGCGCUGCUCGAGUCCGCAGCGGCAGUUCACCCUCACGAGGUCAACGCUCACUGGUGGCGCCGGCUUCGUUUAACAGCCUACCUCAUUGUACCCAUCAUCACUAGCAUUGGAAGCUUUCUGCUUGGUGUUCAUAUCUCAGAGUCCCGAUCAGUAUGCACUGAAGGGGCUGCUUGCUGGUCUGCUGAGCUGGCGGCGAUGGAAAGGCGGCCUGUACAAUUUUCUGGCGCCUUUAAUUUCACGAAUCGAUAUCGCGCGCCACCCAGCGAUGUACUAGAUGAGGAAUGGAAUCGAUUUACGCACCAUGCGUUAAUCGACGGCACCGCUUCGUUAAUAGCAGUCACCGCGAAUGAUAUUAUGAAAGCGAAUCUAACUGCGGACAGCAGACUCUUCGACAGCACAGUAGAGUACGGGCAGGUGAACGGCGGUGGCCAUAUGGCAACGUUGGAGAUGUUCCACCAGCUGCACUGUUUGAAUAUGCUGCGAAAGGCCGUUCAUAGUGAUUACUAUGAGAAGAUAGGUCAAGCGGGCUCUCGCUCAGACAAAAUGGCCACGCAUCUUGACCACUGCAUCGAAAUCUUGCGCCAGGUCAUCACCUGCUAUGGCGACACUGGUUUAAUUACCUACCACUGGGUACAGGGAAAUCCAGUACCUUAUCCAGACUUUAGCACAUGGCACCAGUGUCGGGAUCCUGAAGAGAUGCUGGCCUGGGCAAAGGAGCGCGAGGCCCCAAUCCAGGUCAAAGUUGAUAAAGCAUUCUUUCCGAACGUCUUCGAGCUGGAGGAAGCCCCAUAG